GUUGUCAUCUUGUUAAGAUACAAGAAACUAUGUUUGCUUGUGGUGGUUUUGCAAUAGGCAUUGGUACUACACACAACAUAAUCGAUGUAACUUCUGUAACGGCAUUCCUCAACGCUUGGGGUAGCAUGGCUCGAGAAGGAGCAGCUCUAUCUCCCGAUUUCAACUCCUCAUAUAUCUUUCCUCAAAACAAUGCAUUCCCGCAAGAUCUAACUAUCUUGGCUUUAACGAAUCGAUUAUAUCAAGAAAAGGGCAUCUUUGUCGGAAGGAGGUUUGUGUUUAAAGGACCAAUGAUAAGCAAUCUUAAAGCCAAAGCUUCGAGAUUAGGCGUACAGAAGCCAACACGAGCAGAAGUAGUGGUUGCACUCCUAUUUAAAUGCAUCAUGUCUGCAUCCAAGGCAAAAUUUGGUGCCAAGAAGAAGUCAGCUUUGUUAUCAACUUCUGUGAACUUGCGACGAAGGGCUGAGCCAAAAUUCCAAGAAACAAGUGUUGGAAAUAUAGUUUUGAUUGCAGCGAUAAAAGCAAAUAGUGAAGAAACAGAUGAGCGUAGUUUCGUGUCCCGGAUGAGAGAAAUCUUAUCUCCAAUGAAUGCUAAUUUUGUCGAGAGCCUUCAAGGGGAGCAGGGAUUGAAGUCUCUUUGCGAAUAUUUGAGGAGUCUUGGUGAAUCAUAUUCAAAGGGUAUCUCCAAUGGAGAUGAAAUCAUUGUAUUUAAUAGCUGGUGUAACUCAGGCACUUACAGUAUUGACUUUGGUUGGGGGAAGCCAUUAUGGUUCCCAGCUUGUGUUCUUGCCCUAGGGAUUUCUGGAUCUGUGAUUCAGCUCGUGGAUACAAGAAGCGGUAAUGGAAUAGAAGCAUGGGUGUCACUGGAUGAAGAAAUCAUGGCUAUGGUAGAAUAUGACAAAGAACUCCUUUCAGUAGCCUCUGUGGAUCCUAGUCCUCUUGAAAUUGAUUCACUCAAUUCAAGGCUUUGAUCAUCGCAUUUUUCAAUAUUGUUGUUUUUGUUUACAUCGAAUUCAAGAAAAAUAAUAAAUGGAAUAUCCUUCCUGUGCGUGCAUUUG